UAGGACUUGAAUCCAGAACAUUCAUUUUUGUGUCUGACUCAUCAACCAAACCAAGCUCAGUCCUAUAAAGGGCUCUAGGCCUAUCAUCUUCUGUCACACUUUUGAGGCCUAGAUCUUGACACAGGCACAGAGUUUCACCAACACAACGGAUCAGUGAACCACUCUGAGGACUCUGUUAUAAAGAACCCGCAAGUGCUUGACGUAAAGUUGCUCAAGAUGGGUCCUGGGGGCGGCCGUAAGGAAGAUGAACAGCACUUGCAUGUUCAGAGCAACUCCACCAUGGAUCAUUCAACGGCACCCAACGACGAGGUGUUGACUGGCUCACCUAACGGGACCACGGACGCAGACGAGGGUGCGGUCAAGUUUCGUUACGAGUACCCGCUGCUCCGGUUCAGCGUUGUCUUCAGGGUCGUCGUCUUCCUCUGCUCGGUGGUGACGAUUGUCUUGUGGCUCACAGGUGGGGACUCGGAGUAUUUCAUCCAGAAUAUAAAACACUACGACCUGGUGCUGUCAGUCUUUGACAUAGCCCUCAUCUCAUUCUUGACAUGUCCCCUCUAUUUUACCCUGGCCUACUACGCCGAGAAAACCUUCAUCCUGUCAAUAGAUGUGGGCUACAACACCAUUCUCAAGUCGCGGCAGAAAAAACUGUUCAUGGCUACAAUUCUACUCUCGUUUGCCGUGGCUGCGUUUUCUAUCGUGAAGGGAGGUUUGAUACUGAAAGAGAUUUUACGUAAUGACAGCUACCCAGGGAUGCACUCGACGUACUACGCGUGUGUUAUUUGGACAAUAACGACUAAUAUGAUAAUUCUGCUGCUGAGUUGUGGAUCCGGGUUAGGGCUCAGGAUGUUGGCCAGACAACGAGUGAAGAAGUUGUACAACAGGGAAGGGCAGGAGGUGGACAAGGAAGGAAAAGUUAUACCCCGCAGCGCCAGCUUGUUGCGCUUGGUCAGCCUGGCAAAACCAGAAGCACCACUCAUCAUUGGAGGUACUGUGAUGUUGCUGUUUUCCUCGGGAGUGCAGACCGUUGGACCGUUGUUUUUUGGCAAAGUUGUGGAUGCCGCUCUCAAGAGCAUGGAUGAACUGAACAAGACGGUGCUCAUCCUCAUGGGCAUCUACUUAGUGGGCAGUGUGUCCAGCUUGGUUCGCUCCUGGCUCUUCACGCUGGCCGGUCAGCGUCUCGUGGCACGGUUACGCUCCAAACUUUUCGGCUCGGUUAUUGUUCAGGAUAUCGCUUUCUUUGAUGUCAACAGGACUGGAGAGCUGUGUAACAGAUUGUCCUCUGACACGCAGGUGUUGCAGAAUGCCCUCACGGUGAACAUUUCCAUGCUGGUCAGGUACCUGUUGCAGAUCCUGGGGUCCCUGGGCCUCAUGUUUUACCUGAACGCUUCACUGACCGGAGUCUUGCUGGCGGUUGUGCCCAUAGUGUCACUGGCCGCUGUGCGAUAUGGCAAAUUUGUGCGCAAGAUGCGACAGAAGUUCCAGGACCGUCUGGCAGAUGCCGGCACACAGGCGGAGGAGUCAUUGUCGUCGGUGCGUACCGUCCGGUCGUUUGCCGGGGAACUGAAGGCCAUAGAUCUCUACACCGGGACCGUCAUGGAGAGCUACAACAUUGGGAAGAAACUGGCUCUGGCACAAGGCACCAUGGACGGUCUUUUCUCCUUCCUGGGCUACGGGGCGGUGACGGCGGUGCUGUGGUAUGGCGGGAAACUGGUCCACGAUAACACGGUGGACUCCAGCACUGGGAUCACCGCCGGACUCCUCACCUCAUUCCUGCUCUACACUCUUCAAGUUGCCAUGGGUUUUGCCCUCCUCUCUUCCCUCUAUGGAGAUUUCAUGCAAGCUGUUGGGGCUUCUGUGCGGAUCUUCACUCUCCUGGAUAGAAAACCGGAGAUGUUCCAGCCUGUGAACCCUGUGGUGUUGCCGUCUCUCUCUGGUGAAAUAGAGUUUAAGAAUGUCAUGUUCAAGUACCCGUCAAGACCGGAGAAUGAUGUGCUAAAGAAAAUUUCGUUCCGAGUGGAGCCUGGUCAAACAGUGGCUCUGGUGGGCCCGUCAGGGGGAGGUAAAUCCACAAUUGUCAGCAUGAUUGAGAGAUUCUACGACCCCAACGAAGGAACGAUUACUCUCGGGGGUGUUGACCUGCGUAUGUUGGACCACAACUGGCUGCGGCAGAAGGUCUCCAUGGUGGGCCAGGAGCCCACGCUGUUUGCUUACUCCAUCCGGGAAAACAUUGCGUAUGGCCGAGGGGCCACAGACGAGGAGGUACAAGAUGCUGCCAAGCAAGCCAAUGCUCACGAAUUUGUGUCCUCGUUUGAGGAAGGGUACAACACGCUGGUGGGAGAGCGAGGCGUGCGCUUGUCGGGCGGGCAGAAACAGCGCAUUGCCAUAGCACGCGCGCUCAUCAUGAACCCUGUGCUGCUCCUGUUGGAUGAGGCCACGAGUGCUCUGGACGCUGAGAGUGAGCACCUGGUACAGGAGGCCAUUGACCGGGCCAUGGAGCGGCGGACGGUCAUCGUCAUUGCUCACAGAUUGUCCACUGUCAGGAACGCCAACAAGGUUAUCGUCAUCGAUCAGGGAGAGAUUGCUGAGAUGGGCACACACUCGGAGCUACUGGCACACGAUGGGGUCUACAAACGCCUGGUGCUGCGACAGCUGAUGGCCGGGGAUGACUCGAGGGACGACGGCCUGCUGGACAGUAGCAGCGAGGAGAAGAAGAAACAGCUUGACGGACCGUCCGCUGACCGAACUGACACGGGUGCCGCUGCGACGAUAGGGGGGCAACUACAGACGGAGAACGGGACUGGUGGUAAAGAGGGUUUUGUUAACGAGGGCUUUCACAAUGAUUCUGUUGAUCAUCUUCAUUGAUGUCAGUUGUGGAUUAAGAUUGUUUCGUUCUAGUGUUCCAUGCAAAGAUUUAAUCUAAUAUUUAUGAUCUCUUAAAGAUGAAUGUUAUUUAAACCGUUAGGUAUUUAGUGACCACGGCAGCCGCAGAGUUUUAAGAGUACCGGCAAAUGUAUAUGACAUUUUUUUUACUUCUAUGGAUGGUUGUUAUUUAAAGUGCAGGAAUAUAGUGAUGAACCACAGACCAUUAAGAGUAGAUAUACAUUUUUUGUUUGACUUAAUGAAAUGUAUGUAUGAGUCGUUAAAAAGAAAUAUAGAUAAGUAUUUUUAGAGUUUUAUAGUUAGUCUUUACAAGCUUAUGUGAAAUUUGACCAACUAUGUUCAAGGAAAGCUAACUUUGCCAAAGUGCCAUAGGAAUAGUUAUGUUGUGUGAUGUGCAAUUACCAACUAUAAAUGUUUAACACUCUGUAUGUACACAAUGUAGACCAUUUAAGGCCAGUAUGGAUGAGUGGGGUAUUGCACCCCAGCAGACAGACAGAAAAACCUGAUAAAAUAAUUUCCCCUUUCACGAAUCAGUCGCAUGCAUCAAAUCAAUUUGUGCAGUGAUUUUGCUACAUUCAAGGUUCCUUAUGUGUCUCAUCUCAAAAUGUGAGGCAGCUUGGUGAAAUCGGGCGCUCGUUAAAAUAAUGAAAUUGAAGAAACUGUCCUUUCCCUGCCAGUUUGACCAUUUUCAUUGAUUUUUUUGUGGAAAG